AUGAAUCCAAUAAAAGGUAUACUACUGACUAUUUACAUUUGGUUAUUGUGUUUUAAUAUUUUACAGACUAAUAGUAACGAAAGUAAUGAAGUUAAUUUAAUGGGACUAGAAUACCAUAUUUCAGUUCAAAAGUGGAUUGAAGAUUCUUGGACUUUAUGUGUAAUUAAUAUUGAUGAGUAUAGUCACUAUAAUGAAAUAUUAACUGCUGGAUUUCAGAUAGAAAAGGUUGACAAUGCAAUGAAUCUAGCUAUAACUAUUUUACCCAAGAGUUCUAGUUUAGAAACUCCUGGUAGAGUUUUAUCAUCGUUUAAAACCUCAUGUGAAAAGUGCUUAAUAGAUCGGUUAACAAUUUUAUUAAAUUCUUCAGAAAAUAUACAAUUUUCAGGAAAAAUCACCAUUUCAAUUGUAUAUACUAAACAAAGUCUAGAUAAAUUUUUAUCUCAAUAUUCCGAACAAGAAGAUCAAGUAUCUGAAUAUGAUUAUAAUAAUAAAUUUAUUGAGACUUCUCAAAAAUACACUACACAGGAAGUUAAGUAUAACUCUACUGAAAAUAAUCAGGAAAAUCAAAUAAUACCUUCAGAACAACCUCAAGUAGAGAGAUCUAAUUCCCCAAUUUCAUCUUUUAUUGUGUCUUCAGUAUCAAAUACUCAAUCAAAACAAGAUAAUAAAAGCUCUAAAAAGUCACCUUCAAUAUCUCUAGAUAAUGCUACUGGUUUGGAAUUAUGUCAUCCUGUAACACAUGGUGAAAGUAUUGAUGUGGUAAAUUUGCAGAAUUCCUUUUUUCUUCCAGAUAUUUUAUAUGUUGAAACAGCAAUAAUGAUACGUAGAGUUGCAAAACGUAUGGAUAUUCAACGUUCUGCAGAAGAAUCAGUUUCCAUAAUACUGGCAGGAUUGGGAGGUUUAAUAUUAUCAGAUACUAGAUGUGAGGAGUCUAUGAGAUCCUCAAUGAUUCUAGGUGAACUAGUUAUUCCAAGUGUAGGAAUAUCUGAUUUACCUUCCUUAUGUAAUAAUAUUCAAUUAUGUCUUGAGAAUGAGGAUUUUCAUAAUUCUGUUUUAUCUGCUUUAUCUAAGGCCUAUAGAUAUAUAAAUUUUGUUAAAGAUAGAAAUAGGGAGUAUAUGUGGGAGACUAUGGUUAGAAUGACAGGUUCACUAGGUAAUGUAAAAGGUUUACAAGCCUAUAGAUUGUGGUUAGAAUUGGAGAAUAUGAUAGCAUUACUAGAUAAUGAUAUAAAAGUACUUCAUUCAGAUAUUCCGAAUGAUGUGAUGGGUAUUCCGGAAUAUUCUAGCAAGAGUGAAACUCCAACUGUUGAAUGUACAAUUGCUUUAAUGAGAGUAGGGGCCCCAUUUGAUAUUAGAUUAACUCAAAUUACAGAUGCAGCUCGGGCCUGUAGUCAAAUUAUGAAAGAUCAAAGUACAUUUUUAUCAGUUAAUCAGGUGAAAACAAUUACUGAUACACUUAUUUUAGCUAGAAUUGCAGAUUGGUUUGUAGGUACCUUUAUUAUUGAAAAACAUAUCCCACCAGGUGUAACCAGACCUGCAGUAUGUCUAUAUUUAUCAUCUAUUGUAUCCCCAAUGAAUUAUUCAAGCUUGAUUCAAUAUGUAUGGCCUCGUAUUGUUUUUGCAAUAGCCUCUGCAGCUCCAUCAGCUUUAUCAUUUAGUACAAGAAGUGUAGAUCCUGAAAAUUGUCGCAAAGCAUUAUCAUCAGUUAUCAAGGUUUUGGGUGAUAAGCUUCCAAUAAACAUUGAUGAAACAUGCGGCAAAAUGGCAGCUUGUAUAGCCAGAGGGCGUAUAGCAAGAGUAAAUAUUGAUGAAACAAUAAGUAAUGUACUUAAAGAUGCAGACAACCCAAUAAAUUAUGAUGCAGGGACAAAUUCUGCAGCUCUUAGACUUACAAUAUAUACUUUUGGUAAAAAGGCUCCAUCUCGUAGUCGUCAUAGAUCUUUUUCGUAUUUAUCAACACCUUUGAGAGCUGCAGUACUUUAUGGUCAUCUUCAAUCUCUCAUGCCUGGUGGAUUUAGUAUAGAUGAUGUACUCAAAAUGAUAUAUGAAUUUACUAAAGGAAAAAUUCCAAAUGGACCAGCUGAAAGAUGCUUUGUUGAGUUAAUGAAAUCUAUACCUGUAUUCUUAGCAACAGAUGCUGAAAUCAAGCUCAUAUGUGUUAAGGCAUUAGGGCCAUGGAUUAUGCCUGAUAUUACACUUUCAGAUAUCCCUAUAUCUACACCUUUACCUUCAUAUUCUAGAUCAAUUGUAGUUUAA